AUGCGAGGUGCAGAUGACAUGGCUGCCUCUGCCUCGAGCUGCGAAGAGUCCGUGCACUGCAUGAGCUCGACUUCCACAUUGCAACAUCAUCAUCAACGCAACGACAGCGAACAAGCUUGGGGGGAACUCUCACUCACCAUGCAAAUUGAUCCAUGA